GCCAACUCCACAGAUGCCAGUCGCCGCAAAACCCCAAAAGGGACGAAGAAGUUUUUUUUCCCCUUAUUUGCUUGAAACCACGUGAUCUGUUUGAAGUGUGACAGUAAAGAUGGUUUCCUCUGUUGCCAAAUCAAAUCUGGCUCGAGUGAGAAGUUUCUGUUUUUCAAACUCAAUGUUUCAUUUGAGAAACCUCCGUGAGUUAACAUGGUUACUUAUUACUAUUUGUAUGUUGGCGAGCCAGUCGCUGGCAGACGACGGGGACUUUAUGGAGGAGUUUCUGAAGCGGGAGUAUUCUCUGGUGAAGCCGUACCGCGGCCUGGGUUUCUCUAGUUCCUCACAGUGGGAUCUGAUGGGCACUGCCAUGGUGACUCCUGACCAAGUGAGGCUGACCCCAGACCUGCAGAGCAGGCAGGGAGCCGUUUGGAGCCGAAUUCCUUUGCUACUUCGAGAUUGGGAGCUGAGAGUACAAUUUAAAAUCCAUGGCCAAAGCAAGAAGAACCUGAACGGUGAUGGAAUGGCCAUCUGGUUAACCAGAGAUCGCAUGAAGAACGGUCCCGUGUUUGGCAACAUGAACCAGUUUGUUGGACUUGGAAUAUUUGUGGACACUUACCCCAACGAUGAUAAGACCCAUGAUAGGACCUUCCCUUACAUAUCUGUGAUGCUGGGGAAUGGGACCCUGUCAUAUGACCAUGAUCGUGACGGUCGGUCCACGGAGCUUGGGGGAUGCACGACUAUGGCGCGCAACGCAGUCUACGACACCUUUCUCCUCGUUAGAUACUCCAAAAAUCGAUUGAUGCUUAUGGUGGAUGUAGAUGGUAAACAGGAAUGGAGAGAAUGUGCUGAGAUUACAGGACUGCACCUACCUACAGGCUACUUCUUAGGUGCCUCCUCUGCCACUGGAGACCUGUCAGAUAACCAUGACAUCAUCUCCAUGAAGCUCUAUGAGCUUACUGUAGAGAGGACUCCACAGGAAGAGGAAGAAGAGGAGGUAGUCACUAUCCCCAGAGUUGACAACAUGGAACAGUUUCAAGUGGAAGUGGAGGAGGAAGGGAUGAGCGGAGUCCAAUUGUUCUUCACCCUUCUCUUUUCUGUCCUGGGCCUGGGCGUGCUUGCAGUGGUAGGGCUGAUGGUUUACGGGCGCUGGAAGGAAAACAAACGUAAACGCUUCUACUGAGGAAAGAUCAGCCAAUCCACAGAAUGUGUGUUUUUAAUGAACAUACAUCACAAUCAGUGCAAAGACUCAAUGAUACAAAUCGAACAAACUGAACUGAACUUUAUGGGUUUAAAGCCCGGAGCCAUGAGAACACAGAUAGCUGAGAUGAACUGCUGGGUGUAAAAUAUUUAAGAGUUGUUGAAGUUAGGUGAAACAAAAUGAUUUUUAAAAAAUGUUUAUCUCAGCUUGAAGCACAGUGGGACUUUUUAUCUGCACUAACAAUCCCACCACCACCAGAGACAAUGUCUCUACCAACAGGAAGCGAGAAAAAAAAUAACAGAAUGAGUUCUCAAUCAGAUGCUGAGUUUACUAAUAUUAUGUUACAGAGUUUUUGAGAGGGGUGUCUCUGCAGACCUGAGCCAGCGCUGAGUGGGUAGGCGUAAUAGGGCAGCUUGAGCAAGUGAUGUUAGUCAAGUGGUACAGUGUUUUCAUGGUCACUUAAGUGAACUUGUUAGCAGUUCACCAAUUUUUAUUAAUAAUCCUGUCUUUGUUUACCUUGUUAUAUUCCAAAUAUGUGACCCAAAAAUUCCUCAUUUGUACAUCAACAUUCUCCUUAUAAUUCCUCAUGAUAUCCUUGACUUGCCGUGCACUCACUUUAAUGGAUUAAAUCAAAUGUGAUUUGGGACUGCCUGCUAGCUCACCCACCAUAUAAAAUGUUGACUAGUACGUAGCUAGCUGAGUAGCAUAGAUGCUGCAGCUGCACUUACAGACUUAAUCUGUAAGUGACAACGAGGGCUUCACUCAGUUAAAAAAAAAAAGUAGAAAAAACGUUUUGUUUUUUGUUUUUCUUAAAUUCAUUUUCUCACCUUUUGAGGGUCUCUUAGGCCCAUGCCCUUAGCAAACUGGUCAUGAGGGGAAAUAUGUAUAUUCCCUAAUCAGCUGGCAAGUAGUUGCUGGCUGAUUCUGAGUGAAAUCAACCACAAAGAGGGAGUUGCACCAAAAAAAAACCCCUUUUUUUUUUUUUUUUUUAUUUAUUGCUGUGGUUGCUAGAAGAUUGCUGUGGUUGCCCAUAGUUUGAAUGGAAGAUGCCAACCUGUCUGUAAACAAUUGCCAUUAACCCUCUGAAUUGUAGUGAAACUUGAAAAAAUGCAAUGCAAAUUGUAGAAGCUGUGCAUUACUCUUGCAGCAAACACAUUUCAAAAGGUGAAGCUUUUACUUUGAAGGCAAACAUUUACUGUUUCCAGUUUGUGUUGCACUCACUUCAGUUUCACUGCUGCCUGGCGAAUAGCUUGUAGGCAAGUUGGCAUCCACAUCUGAAGGCUGCUGGUGACCAUGACAACCUGCUAGCAACCAAAGUAAAUGGGAGGUUUUCAGUGUAGCGCCAUAUACCAGUUUCACAUUUGAGACUACUAGUAACCUCCAGCAAUCUUUUCCCAACCAGCCAUGGAAUACACACUUUUACGUAGCAACUGGUGGUUACGGGGGGGCGGGGGUCACUAACCGGUUUGUAGGCCUGCGUGACUGUCAGCAACCACUCACAAGCAGUCAGAUGAUGCACAUGUUUUGUUUGUUUGUUUGUGAGGCUGGUGUAAAGGCCACGGUGAGUCUACUGAUCCCUGGGCCAGCAGGGACUGCCCUUGCAAUAUGAAGUUUAUGCUCAAAAACACCCCCUAAUCAGGGCCUUACUCCGACGACUUCAUGCAUCGGUGAUGUGUGAAGUAGUCAAAUUAUUAUAGAUUCCCAAAUGAUAGAAGAAUGAAUUUAUAUAUCUAACAGUUUUCACAGCAGACCAUCAAAAUUAUUAUAAAACUGGUAGGGUGCUAUCAAUACAAGAUAACUAUUCUGAUAUGAAAACAUGCAUUUUAAACUUUCUCAUCAUAUGUGUGACUGGCAUUUCUAACAAACCAAACAACUUGAAAGUAAGUUAAACAUUCAGUGAGCUGUGACUAUUUUUAAUAUGUGAAGAACUUUUGCCUCCGUAGACUUUUGUGCAUUGACAGAGUUUGCUGCCCCUGAACAGUGUGAUGGCUGCAUCGGCAACAGCGACUUAUGUGGCGUGUGCAUGAAUGACUGUAUGGCAGAGUAGUAUUGGAGCAGGAGGUGUUCGGGUUUAAAGUCAUGAAUCUGGAGAAAAUGGUCAAAGUCUAAUUUAAUCUUUUGAGUGUUGUUCUAUCAGCAUGAAUGAAGGACGUCACACCUGCAGCUUCUUUAGCUACCGUUUUUUUUCUCUUCAGCCGUUAUUCCUGUCCACUUUUUUUUCCCCUAAAGGAUGGAAUUUAAGUCUCUAGUGACUAAAUUGAGUCCAAAAACUUUUUCAGUUAGAAAUGCAUCACAUUACUGAUGAUAAACGAUUCACUUCAGAGUAGCUUUAAUGAUCAGACAGGUGUAGUGUCUUCCUGCUUAGUUGAGUCUACAGUUAAUGCUAAAUGCUUCACACACUUGUACCUGGCUCCGGUGUGCAGAGUAGCUCAGACCGUCGUUUCCUCUUAAACCUCUACUCUAAUUUGACUUGUAGCUGCUGUGAAGACCAGUGAGCCUGUGAAUCCUUUUAUACUGCCUUUUGCUGCACUGAGGGGAAAAACUGGACUGAGCUCAUAUUUGUUUCAGAGGACUUUAUCCAGUAAUCCAGCAUUCAUAAGUGAAAUUAUGUAUGUGUAAUUGAUGAUAUAUUGAGCUCGAUGCUGUAUGUUAAAGAAUAGAGUGGUGUUACCAGUGCUGCUUAAAGUGCCUCACUAGGACCAUUACAGCAAGCUCUCACUUUGGUCCUCUCUGCAGGUUUGAGCUCAGCUUUUUUCUGUUUGCCGUCACUUAUUUGGCUUCAUCUACAUUCUGAAGUUACAGUUCUCAGACAUGAUAAGCUGAUAUAACAGUUUAUCUGCAAGUGGUUUGUCAGUGUUGUACACCAGGCAUAUUUUUAUGUUAACUCUUUGUGGAGCACUGAUGUCUUUAGUCCUUCCACCAGCUGAAAAACGUGUAGCAUCUGUACACACUGUGACCUUAACAGCCAUAUGCAGGCUCAUGUAGUCAUGUGAGUAUGAUUAAACUGAUGGCUCAAACCAAGAGGAAGAAAAACUGCUGUCAAGUUUUAUUGUGUGUCUGUGUUAGAAGCUUUAAGAGUGCACAGUAAAACAGCAGACAUGAAAAUCUCUGACAUGAUGUAGAGCUCACAGCACACACCUCACAAGUUAAAGGAGCACCGAGGUUCCAUUCAUACAAUAACUCUGCAUUGACAACAGCUGGAAGAGAUAACACACAGGAAGCAAAGUGAUGCCGUUCUUAUUUUAUUUUUUUAUAGAUAUCACAAUAUUAUUAUCAGUAUCAAAAAAAAAGCCAACCAGCAGAUACAUCAGUAUUAGGGGUGUCAAUAUUAGGGUGUCACAACAAGAGUGUAUUGAGACCUGUGAAAUUUAAAGGUGAACUGUCAGCAUCACAUGAUCUCUUCAAUAACUGUGAUGGUUCUAGGGCCUGACAGAUUUAUCAGUAUAUUAGCUUUUAGCUGAACUAUCAGUAUUGGCAUUUCUAACUGCCAGCAAAUUAAAAUUUAAAAAGGAGAGAUGGGAGAAACACCCUUCAGCCAUUUGGAGUCUUGACCUUGAAUAGAUUGCCUAUCCAACGGCACUCAGCAAUGUUCCUGUUGGCAACAGGUGUGUAGAACGCCACAAACAGCAACCAGCUGAUCUGAGCAGAGCUGAGAACAAAAAUGAGAAAAUAACUGCAAAUAAUGAAUAUUGGGGAAAAUCUGUUUCCUCUGAAAAAAAAUGAAAUCAGCCAACGUGGAUUUUUAAAUGACCAGAUGUCAGUAUCAGUAUUGAUAAUUACAAAUCCUAUAUUGAUGGGCUCUGACCACUUCUAUGCAUUUUGUAAUUUAACUUUUAUUGUGUUUUGUCUUUUUUGGGGUGUGGGGGUUAUAGAUUAAUUUUAAUGUUGCAGAUCAAGUUUUUUUGUAGAUAUUACAAGAUUAUUAAUACUUAGUCUUGAUAGUACAUAAAGAAAAUCAGCAGAUAGAUCAAUAAUAGGGGUCACUGCAUCACAGGAUGUGUAUGGAUGAUAACUGUGAUAUUUAAAAAUGAAGUCUCAAUAUUGUUUUACUAACGCACAUAUGAUAAUAUUAGUACACUGAUUGUUUUCUUAGUUUGAAUUUGUGCAGUUAUGGUCACAGAUUCUCUUCAUGCACUUGUAAUUUGAGUUUAAUAAUCUGCAAACAGCACCCACUAAAAACUAGAGAACAAGUUUGCUAAUAGUUUUCUUUAUAGAUAGCUUGAUAAUACCAUUGUCAUCAUUUUUUUUUUUGACAGCAAUUAUGAAUUGAAAUCUGAUAUUGUGACACUCUUAAUUUAUUCAUUCAUUAUUAUAAUCAUUCAUAAAGCACUCAGUUUUUCAGUGUUUGGUUUAUUGGAGCAUUGUGGACAAUUUGAUAGAUUUUGAAUCAAUAUCAGUCUGAACUUCACUCUAAUGAUGUCCACUUUAUGGUCCUGCAGACUCAAACAUCUGAACCUGCUGCAGUUUUCUGCCCUAAAUAAAAGUUUACUGAUUUUCCUCUAACUGUAUAUGUAGGUGUUUUUAUUUUUUUGUGUCAAGCCAUUUGUUGUAAUCAUUCAGGCGCAAUCAGCCAUCUAGGUAAUUAUUUAAAUAACAAUGUUGAGCUUAUUCUCAAAGAAAAGUAUUGUCUGUGAGUGUAAAGCA